AGCGUGACCUCUACUGCAGUUGAAAAUACUCGGGACCGGAGGUUGAAUCCAUUGAUAUUUUACGAUGUGACCCAACUCCGCAAGAAUACUGUGACAAUUUGAAUAGGAAUCCCCUUCAUUGUGUGCAUAACCAUCGCACGAAGGGCUUAUGUGCUCCUCGCCGCUUGAUUUCCGACUCGGGGUGCUCAGUGUUGUUCGGGUAAAGUCCGUUUCAGCUGCACCGCAUCAACAUGGGUGUGAUUGGUGUGCAGCUGGUGGUUACCAUGGUAAUGGCCAGUGUAAUUCAGAAAAUCAUACCUCAUUAUUCCUUCGCAAGAUGGCUACUCUGCAGUGGCAGUCUGCAGUGGUAUCAGCACCCUACGGAAGAUGAGUUGAGGAGCUUAGCUGGAAAACAAAAAGGACAGAAGAAGAAAGACAGGAAGCACAAUGGCCACAUAGAGAAUAAGCCACUCACGGUUCCCAAGGACAUCGAUUUGCAACUGGAGACGAAAUACAUUGCGGAAGUCGACACAUUAGCAUUACACUAUUUCCCGGAGUUCCAGUGGCUGGUGGAUUUCACAGUAGCGGCAACUGUGGUCUAUCUGAUAACAGAGCUCUACUACAGCAUGGCUCAGCCCUCGGGAGAGAUGAACAUCAGUGUGGUCUGGUGCCUGUUAGUGAUCGCUUUUGUCCUUAAGACCCUUUUCUCUCUAACGGCCCACUACUUCAAGCUGGAGGAAGGAGGCGAGCGUUCACUCUGCAUUACCUUCGCUUUCUUCUUCUUUGUCAAAGCCAUGGCCAUUCUCAUUGUCACUGAAAACUACCUGGAGUUUGGUCUGGAGACAGGUUUUGCAAACUUCUCUGACAGCGCUUUACAAUUUCUGGAGCACCAGGGCUUAGAUUCCCAGGGUCCCAUAUCCAAACUCACCUUCAAGCUGAUCCUGGCUCUGCUCUGCUCCCUGAUUGGAGCAUUUCUAACAUUCCCCGGUCUACGAUUGGCUCAGAUGCACCUCGAUGCUCUGAAUCUCACCACAGACAAAUUUACACAGACUCUGCUUCAUAUCAACUUCCUGUCCCCUCUUAUCAUGGUCCUUCUGUGGGUGAAGCCCAUUACCAAGGACUACCUAAUGAACACCACUCUGGAAAAGGAGAACGUGCCUUUGAUGACCGAGGACACGUAUGAUACGUUGCGGUUAUGGGCCAUCAUAAUGAUGUGUAUGCUGCGGCUCGUUUUGAUGAGACAUCAUCUGCAGGCCUACCUCAACCUGGCCCAGAAGGGUGUGGACCAGAUGAAGAGAGAGGCGGGACGGAUAAGUACCGUUGACCUGCAGAAGAUGGUUGCUCGUGUUUUUUACUACUUGUGUGUGAUCGCACUACAGUAUGUGGCACCACUCGUGAUGCUGCUGCAUACGACCUUGCUGCUCAAAACCUUAGGCGGACACUCCUGGGGGGUCUAUCCUGAAGAAGAAGCCCUGCCUUGCCUGUACGAGGUUCACUCUGACUAUGUGAAUGGGGCGGCACCAAUAGCAGCCCCCGCACCAGCCCCACUGGUGGAAGCCGGAGCGCGGGCGUCAGUAGCCCAGCUGUCGGUGGCCCUGGGGGGCCUGCGGACUGUCUUCAGCCCGUUGCUUUUCCGGGGCCUCUUCUCCUUCUUCACGUGGUGGAUCGCCGCCUGCCUCUUUUCCACGUCCCUCUUCGGCCUCUUCUACCAUCAGUAUCUCAUGGCGGCGUAGCACCGCCGUCACGUCGCCAGAGGGCCGCUCAGAAAGUACUGUGUGGCGGGGUAGCGGAGGCCCGGCGAUGACUCGGCUCCGCAACGCCUCCUCUCCCUUCCUUCCCCCCUCCGACCACCUCAUCAGUGACUGACCAUAUCAUCAGUGCUCCUGGUUCAGCUUCCAGUGCUUCCUCCACAGAUGACUCUUGUCAUCGUUUUUACUACAUCCACUACCUUUUUAUUUUGAGAAUAAGAUGUCUAAACCUUGAUCAUUGACUAAAGCAUGGGUUAGAGGAGUAGGAACUGCCAUAGGUCAUACAUUGGGUUACUAAUGAGGAUUCAGUCCAGUUUUUUUGUGUAAAUUCUGAAAAAAACAUGAGGUUAACAUGUUUGUUUUUGUUUUUAAAUCUCAGAUCCCGAUGACUAUUCCUUUUUCAUUGUUCUCAGAGUGUUCAGAUCUGCUUAUUUCCAUUCAUGUCAUGGGACAACUUCUUCUGAGUCGGGCUGUCUUUGUCCGAUUCCUGGCUGUUGUCCUAAUUUAAAUCCUUUCUUUUUUCUGUGCUCACUAAGGCUUCUUUAACAGUGUGUCAGUAGUGAGUUACAUCAGACUUACUCUGCAUAAGUGGAAACAUGCUGUUAAGUUAGUUAUGUUGGUUGGUACCAACUUGACUUAGGCGUUGAAUACCAUCUAUAUUCCAGUCUGUGAUUUGGCGUAUUUCCCACAAUGAUGCAUUGUAAAGAAGCUACAUUUAGGUCAUUACCUUUGGCGAUGUUGGUGGAGGUUCAUAUGUGACUUCGGUCACAUGUAAGAUCACCUUUUUGUAUUUUUCGUAAGUUUUGGGGAAACUGACAACUGCUAUUUUUGUGCCCCGUGACACUGUUUGAUCAAAACUUUAAAAUAUGUGUAUAUUUUUACUUAAUUCCAUUGCCUCGGACCAAAGAAGUGUCUGAACUAGUCUUAAAAGAAGAGGGAGCAGGAGGGAGGACGGUGCAGUCUGGAGAGAGGACAACUGAUGAAGAGCUGUUCCUACAAAAGAGAAAGAUGUUAAACAUCUCAUUGACUUGAAGCUGAAGUAUUUAAAUGUUUAUUCUGCCUUGUAAAGUCAUCGGUGUUAACUGAGCCAUUUUAGAAGUUAUGAGAGUAUUUAGAGCUCUUUCUUUACCAUCAUCAAUGAUUUAAAGGGAGGACGGCGCUCAGGGCUCAGUGGAGGUUUGUGUUUGAGUCUGUGUGUCUGCAUGUAUAAGGUCUCUGCUGUAGGUCAUCUGUAUACUCAACGGGCAUUUACAUCAAAAGAGGAUGAUACCAACUACUGUCUGAGGUUGGUCUGCUUUCCUAUUCGCUAACUUUUAGCCAGCUGUUGUUUUUCAAGCGGAUUUGGGAACCAUUUUCUUUCGGUUUUAAAUCUUUUUCUGAUUGAUCAAAGUGUGAAUUUUUGAUUUUUAGAAUGGUGCCAAGUGAGUCUGUUUCCCCGUCCCAAUGGCUACAGAUUUGGUGUGUGUGCGCCACUGUUUAAACGCAUAACCGUACUACAACUAUGCGGCCUUCGGUUUUCUGUAGAUUCAUUAUGAGGGAAUCAAAGCCCUGAUUCACAGCACGACGCAGUGGUAUUUAUGAUGUCUCUUGGCCUGCUGUAAUUCUUUGGUGGGUGAAUGUGCGCAGAAAUAGCUAGAAACGGCCAAUAUGAUUGUCCAGUCCAUUCAGGAAUGGAGACUACGUUGUGCCAGAUUGAUUACAGAUCACCUAAUCGUUUAGUGCAUUGUGUCAUAGAACUGUAAUUCAUGAAAUCCACCUUUUUACACAUUCAAGUAGAGUCGUUUCAUUGGUUUUAGUUCCUGGAGUCAAAAGUCUUAACUUCUGUUUUGUAUCUUUUUAAAUGAUGGGGAAUAUGCACACAACGAAUGUAUCCAUCCUGCCUGAUUUCGAGAUCAUUUUGAUGAAAGUGAUUUUUAAUGCUAAACAUAUUUAACACUCCCAUUCCCAGCUCCUCCUGAGCUCUUAAUUACCAACCGUGAAAUUUAGCUUUUCCUAAUGACUAAUUUAAUUGAUUAUUGUUUCUUUGGUAUUUAUUUCACAUGCCUAGGUCUGUAAACAUUUCUAAUGUUAACAUCACUUUUUUUUAUUAUAGAAGCGCUUGAUGGCUUACAUUGUUUGACCAGUUGCAGAUUAACCCUUUUUUUCAAUGGUCCGAUCUGUAAAGAAGGAAAAAAAAGCAGAAAUACUGAUUAUUCAGUGGUCUGAUGAGGCAUUGUUCUUUCUGUUUGUUAUCACUGAAAGUGUUAAGUUCACUACACUCAUUGUUGUGUAUUUAUUUCUGCUUUAGAUUGUGUCUUAAAAUAAAUAAUGUGCUUUA